UUCUCAAGAGGAAGAGAGAGGAAGAGAAAGAGAGCAGCCGUUCAUUUACGGCACACUGGAUUCAAGUAGCACUCGCCCCUGGCAGCUGAAGAUGAUGUUACUAUGGAAACAGUUUUUGCUGCUAUCAAUCAUGGAAUAUCUUGCAGAGUGUGUGGAUUAUAAGUCUUUCAAUGGGCCGAAAUGGCGAAUGGAGCCCAGCGAUCUGACAGUGGGCUCACUGGAGGAAGAGGCUACAUUGACCUGUGACGCAAAGGGCAUUCCUCCCCCUCAGUACAGGUGGUCUCUGAAUGGCACAUUGAUUAAUCUCAGUAGCGAUUCCCGUCGGUGGCUAUCGGGAGGAAAUUUGGUCAUUAGGAGUCUGGACCGCGCCCAGGAUGGAGGAAUAUACCAGUGUACUGCAUUCAACCCACCGGUAGCAAUUCUUAGCAGAAGAGCGAGCCUCCAGUUUGCAUACUUAAAUUUAAAAACUCAAACGAGAAGUGCUGUCUCCGUGCGAGAAGGCCAGGGGGUAGUUUUACUUUGUGGUACACCAUCAUAUGCAGGAGAUCUCUCAUUUGCAUGGGUCUUUAAUGAGUACCCUUACUUUGUUCAGCAAGACAAUCGUCGCUUUGUCUCUCAGGAGACGGGAAACCUUUACAUCGCCAAAGUCGAGCCCUCAGAUGUGGGUAACUACACGUGCGUGGUGGUAAACCGCAUCACUAAAGGCAAAGUCCUCAGCUCCCCGACCCCUCUGGUACUACGAACUGAUGGCGUAAUGGGUGAAUAUGAGCCAAAAAUAGAGGUUCAUUUCUCUGACAUGGUUCCAGCCGCAAAGGGAUCAGUUGUGACACUGGAGUGUUUUGCUUUGGGGAACCCAGUUCCGGAGAUAACGUGGAGGAGAGCCAAUGGAGUGCCGUUUCCCAGCAAGGUGAAGAUGAAGAACUCAAACGUAGUUCUGGAGAUUCCCAGUUUCCAGCAGGAGGACGCCGGAGGCUAUGAAUGUGUAGCAGAGAACAAGAUGGGAAAGAACAUGGUGCAAGGACGACUCUCUUUCCAUGCGAAGCCUCAGUGGGUUCAGACGAUGCGAGACAGCGCUUUGUCAAUUGAAGAGAGGUUGUUUUGGGAGUGUAAGGCCAAUGGAAAGCCCAAGCCUUCAUACAGCUGGCUGAAGAAUGGAGAACUACUGGCAGCCGAGGACAGGAUCCAGAUAGAGAAUGGAGCUCUGACAAUCGGCUCCGUAAACCUUUCAGAUGCUGGCAUGUAUCAGUGUGUUGCUGAGAACAAACACGGAAUCAUUUAUUUCGGUGCCGAAUUGGUGGUUUUAGCCUCGCCCCCAGACUUUUCCAGAAGCCCUCUCAGAGCUCUGCUUAAAGCCAAGACGGGCAGCACAGUCACCAUGGAGUGCAGGCCGCAGGCCUUUCCCACAGCCAUCAGCACGUGGAGGAAAGGAAAUGAACCAGUGCAGAGCACAGACAGGAUAACUUUACUCCCUGAUGGAACACUUAGAAUAACAAAUGUGACCAAGAUGGACGGGGGAAACUACGCUUGCUUGGCUAGAAACCAGUUUGGUGUGGCCAGCACUACAGGAAGACUAUUAGUCACAGAUCCCACACAGAUCACCCAGGGUCCAGUUGACAUGGAGAUCAUUGUUGGGGAGAGCAUCGUACUCCCCUGCCAGAUCUCCUGUGACCCCGCUCUGGAUGUUUCAUUCUCCUGGGCCUUCAAUGGGCAGCUCCUCAAUAAACUGGACCAACAUUAUGAGCAUGUGGGUGGGAGUACAUCUGGAGAUUUGAUGAUACGGAAUAUACAGCUGAAACACGCCGGGAAAUAUGUCUGUGUGGUCGACACGGAUGUCGAGAGUUUAUCAGCUGUGGCUAUUUUAAUCGUGAAAGGUCCCCCAGGAGCUCCAGAUGGUGUAACAGUGGAGGAGAUCACAGACAGCACGGCUCAGCUUUCUUGGAGACCCGGCCAGGAUAACGGCAGCCCCAUCACAAGCUAUAUCAUUCAGGCCAAGACAGCUUUCACAGUGGGCUGGCAAGCGGUGAACACGGUCCCGGAGGUGAUUGAUGGGAACACCUUGACGGCAACGGUGGUGGAUCUGAACGCAUGGGUGGAGUUUGAGUUCAGAGUGCUGGCGAGAAACAGCGUCGGCGUGGGGGAACCGAGUCCCGCUUCUCUUAAAACAAGAACCGAAGAUGCAGUUCCUGACACGGCCCCCUCCGAUGUCGGAGGUGGGGGUGGCUCCAAGUCAGAGCUAGUAAUAACAUGGGAGCCUGUGCCUGAAGACCUGCAAAACGGAGAUGGUUUCGGCUACAUCAUCGCUUUCCGGCCGUUGGGGGAGGUCAACUGGACGCACGCCGUCAGCUCCAUACCAUCCCAGUCCCGUUACGUUUACCGGAACGAGAGCAUCCCGCCCUUUUCUCCAUUUGGCGUCAAAGUGGGAGCCUACAACACCAAAGGCCAGGGACCGUUCAGCCCUGUUACCAUUGUGUUCUCGGCUGAGAAUGAGCCCAGUGGCAUUCCAGAUGGCAUGUGGGCCAGAAGCAUUUCUGCCACUGAAAUUGAAGUGAUCUGGCACAUUCUCAGCGCUUCCCCAGAAAGAGUGUUGGGCUACGAGGUGGUGUACUGGGAGGAUGACACAAAACCAGAGACCAUGGGCAAAGUCAGAGUGUCUGCCAAUCAGAACAAGGUUAACAUCAGCGGACUGAGAGAGUACACUCAGUAUUUCCUGACAGUGAGCGCUUUCAACACGGCGGGAACUGGCCCUCUGUCUCCCACCAUCAAUGUGACCACAAAGAAGUCCCCACCCGGGCAGCCACCUUUGAACGUGGAGUGGAAUCUGAUUGGCUCUAAGCUGACUGUUCAUUGGGAGCCUGUCAUUUCUCUGGAGAUGGAGUCAGAUGUUACUGGUUAUCAGGUGUCUUACAGAAGGAACCGGCACGAAGAAAUGAACACAAUAACAACAAAUCUGACCUCCGUGGAGCUCACGCUACCUGGAGAUGAUGAUUACAUCAUUCAGAUACGAGCGCUGAGUGACGGAGGAGAAGGGAUGCCAACUGAACCCAUCAACAUACAUAAACUUAGUAUGAGUGUACGAGGGUCCAGAGCCUGGCGACCCAACCCCAUCUCCGUCUCCUUGCUUUCUAUCAUUGCGUUAUCCACACUGCGACUGGCUUUGUGUUAACAGUCUGAAGGAUCGAACGUCCUCUGAACGGUUUGAUUGCCCACAGUCUUCCUCGCUGUGGAAUCGCUGGAGAUAUGCACUGAAACACUUUUGAAGAGAGAUUUUCGACCUAUCUCUCGAAGCAUAACGGGAAAACGUCAGCAUCACAAUGGUUGGAUUUUGUGUCCAUGUGUUAUGUACUGUGUAUCAUUGUGUCCUUGCCAGUGAUCCGAGACCCUAACAAGGUUUCAACCGAGGGUUUUUGAAGCGUACCAGUGUACGAGGAGGGAUGAGUCAUGUUGCUGCACUAAGAUUUCAUCUUCUUAUUCAUCCCUCAGAACAAAUGCCUUACUUCCAUGUAAAUGCCAAAGUAGUUAACAUCAUUGGCUUCUAAGCUACUGUUUGUCAAACUUGUGAUUGUUUUGUAAUUAUCACAUCAUUAAUUGAAGGAUAAGUUCACCCAAAAAUCAUUUACACACCCUCAUAUUGUUGUCAUGUGACUUUCAUUUUUCUGUGGGACACAAAGAAGCAAUUUUAAAGAAUGUUCCCAUGCAAUUACAGUGAAUGGAGACAGAGGUAAUAGUAAAAGUAAUAGUUCAAUCAAAAAAUUUAGUGAAAAUGUACUUAUCCUCAGGUCAUAAGAUACAGAUGAGCUUGUUUCUUCAUCAGAACAGAUUUGGAGAAAUGUAACAUUUACAUCCCUUACUCAUCAGUGGAUGCUCUGCAGUGAAUGGGUGCCGUCAGAAUGAGAGUCCAAACAGCUGAUAAAAACAUCACAAUAAUCCACACUCCAUCUUGAAAAGUGAAAAAACACUUAUUUGUAAGAAACAAAUCCAUCAUUAAAGCAUUUUAACUUUUUCAGUAUGGCUUCUGGCCAAAAUAUGAGUCUAUAAUCUAUAAAACUGUUUCCUACAGUGAAAAAGUCCAUCCCCUGUUGUCCUCUAACAUCAAACUCCACUAAAAUAUUUAUUUAGAACUGUUUUUAGCUUUUAAAUGGUGCAUAUUUCUCUCCUGAUUCAGACUAGAAUACAUUCUCACUGCAGUAAAUAAUAUUAGAGGACCUGGAAGUAUUAAAGUAAAAAUAAAAUCUUGCAGAUGGAUUUGUUUGUUACAAAUACUCAUAUUUUCUAUUCACAUGACAUUGAUGGACUGGAGUAGUGUGGAUUACCUCUGACGGCACCCAUUUACUGCAGAGGAUCCAUUGGUGAGCAAGUGAUGUACUGCUAAAUUUAUCUAAAUCUGUUCAGACGAAGAAACAAAAUCAAUCCACAUCUUGGAUUGCCAGACGGUGAGUACAUGUUCAGCAAAUGACAUUUUUACUAUUCCUUUAAGCUUUAUUGAGGCCGUGAAAGCACCAUAAAAAUGUCAUAAAAGUGGUGCAUACAACUUGUAUUCUAUGUCAACUCUUACAAAUUCAUCUGAGAAUUUUGUGUGAGAAGCAAGCUGAAUUUUUAGUUAUUCACUAAUAAUCUUCUCCUCCGUGGAACUGUGACUGAACUGAGUCCAAACUGAGUUGUGGAUGAUUCGUAUUCUUCAAAACGUAACAUUUAUUUGUUCCAGAGAAAAAAGAGAGGCAUUUGGAACAACAUGAGGGGGAGUAAAUAAUGAAAGAAAGAAAGCAAUUUUGAGUGUGAAUGAUCCCUUUAAGCUGCUUUUUGCUAUACUUGUGAUUGUUUUGAGAUCGCAUCAUUAAUUAACAUUUAGCCUUUGCUUAUUAGUUCAGUUAUUGGUUCAAGAGUUGUCUCUGUGCCUUAUCUAUGUUUUAGCACACGCAAGGCUUGCAUUUGUUUGCUCCAUGCACCAUGUUGCAGCUACAAGCAUCUAGUAUUCAUGAUUGUCGAAGUGCUACAUUCACAGGUUUUGAGACAACGAGACUAGGUGAGGUUAUGGGUAAAUUUGUCUACAGUUACAACGAUAAAGUAAUGAUAUCAUAUGAUAGUAACAUAAGGGAGCUCUUUAGACUUUUAUGGAUAUGCUAGAGAUGUUCUUAGCUCAAAAUUUGCAUUUAAGACUUUAAUGCAGUCAUAAUAAUUUGGUUUAAAAAAGAAGUGACGUUUUUGGCGAUCAAAAAUAGUGAUAGGUGGGUGAAAAUGUAAUUUUGAGAUGAGCAACCACUUAUUACAGUAUUGCAAUAUAUUUUAGAUUUUCUUUCCUCACUAACAAAAAUUCUGGAGCGCUAAAGCCAAAUUUUUAUAAAUAAUUUUUUUUUAUAAAUAUCCCUUUAUUAUCCCUUGUGAAAAAGAAAUGUGCUUAGUUGGAUUACAUGUGCACUAUUUAUUUGUAUUUAUUUGUAGUGUAGUGCACUUAAAAGUGUAUUUUUAAAAAGUACUUGCAGAUAUAUAAUAAUGAAAAAGGCCACUUUAGUGUAUUUGUAAAAUUACAUUUUCAUUUUCAUGACUGUCUCUUAUGACUUCACAGUCUGUAAUAAUGCCAAAUUAAAAUUUUUAGUUUUUCACUAACCACGCAUAACAUUUUUUUUUUCUCAAAAACACAAUCAUGUACAUACAUGCUGCUCACAUAUUAUUAUAGCCCAGUUUGUGCUGAUUACAGUGAGAUUAGACUUUAGCCAUUUAGAUGUGUAUAAGAAACUGAAAAAAAGCACAAAUGUCAGGGCAUGACAAAACUUCUCCAGGCCCCAAAAAUACCCGUAGACUCCAGAGGGUUAACUAUAAAUUACAUUUUGAAUCAUUGUUUUAAUAAUAUUUUGUCAUUCUUUAAAGAAGUACACUUAUCUUGAUGGGUUGACAUAUAUGCACAUGUAAAGUACUUGAUUAUAACUGUAGAGUGUUGAGAUUACAUUUAAAGUUAAUAGAUUUAUAGCGGAUUGCAGCAUUGCAAAUGUGUAAUUGCAUACAAUUAAAUACACAACAAACACGUUACAGUAGAACUGACAUUAUAGCAUUUUUGUGUUUACCAUGAAUACAUAUCAGUACAUUCAGCAAUACUCUUCAACCAUAUUUCAUAAGACAAUACAAGUGAUUAUAAAAUUUACAUUAAAGUAUAUUAUUUCCAUGGCAAGUCGCCUUUUUAAAAGGAUACUUAAGUGUACCUCUUUUACACAAGGGAUGGCUCAAGUAUUAUACUUUUUUAUCUUGUCAAUUUUUUCUUUUAAUAUAUUUUGAGAUUUCUGUUUUGGAAAACAAGUGAAAAUGAUACCAUUUUCAGUGAGGCUGAUAGGACAGGUUUAAUGUAUUAACAAUCUAUUAAGCACUACAGCAUACACUCAAGAUUUAAGUUGUUUUUAUAUAUAACAACAAAUUAGAAUCAGCUUUUGCUACUUUCUUUGCCCUCGGCUUAUCUGCACACUGUUAUAUCUUAUAGCAUAUUCAGUCUGCUGCCGUUGUGUCUUCACACAGCAGAGUACGCAAACAGCCAUUGCUUUUAGUACAGAUAGUACAGAUAUCAGCUCAUCCGUAGUUAUUAUUCAUUUUAAAAGCGUGGCAGCACUAGAUACUUCACACAUCUGUUGCAUCUUAAACCAGAUAUGCUGAAUGGUUGCUAUUCUUCUGGCCAUAUACUGUAAAUUGUGACUUGUUCUUGUGUGACUGCUAAAAGUUCUGGUACUUUAUGUAUUCUAAGCUUGUUUAGCAGACCUCAGAUAAAUAGUUAGUGUUUUAUUUGUCACUUUCUCACUGUGCUGGACUGCGGUGCAGAUUCUAGGCCACUCACCAGAUGUUCCUCAGGGCCUUUAUCAGCUGAAUCAGAUGUGUUUUGGAAAGUUUGGGGGGAAAAAUUGCUUACACAGUAGCACUCAAAUUGCUUUGGACUCUUUCAGUCCUGGUAAUUAAAGGAAUAGUUAACCCAAAAUAAAUAAAUAAAAUAGCUGUUUGUGAAAUUUACUCAGCCUCAGGCCAUCUGAGACGUAGAUGAGUUUGUUUCUUCAUCAGAACAGAUUCAGAGAAAAGAGCAUCAAAUCAGUUGUUCAUCAAUUGAUCCUCUGCGGUGAAUGGGUGCCGGCAGAAUGAGAGUCCAAAAAGCUAAUGAAAACAUCACAAUAAUCCACUCUCCAGUACAUCAGUUAAUGUAUUGUGGAGGGAAAAGAUGCAUGCAAGAAAUGAAUCCAUCAAUAAGGCAUUUUAACUUGGCCAAAAUACCAAUCCAUAAUUCUUAUUACUUGUAGAUUAUUAUGAUGUUUUCCUCAGAUGCUUGAAUAAUGACGGCACCCUUUCACUGAUGUAAUACUAAAUUUGAUGAAGAAACAAGGGUGACCUGAUGGUGAGUACAUUUUCAGCAAAUAAAAUAAUUCCUUUAAUUAUCAUGCUCAUACCAAAACACACGUGGCCUAAAACGUUGCUGCUGGAAGAUAUAAACACAAGAACGAUGAGAAAUUGAGAGUGAUGAUCUGAAAGCACAUGAUUUGACUGAUCCUUACCGUGAUGUAGAAGCCAUUAAACCACGCUAAUAAAUUACAGUGCACUCUGCAGGGGCUUUUGACCAAAUCUACAAGGGAAUAAUGAUUAUUAGGAGAGCCGAAGACAAGAUGGAUGUGAGAUGAGCAGCAUGAUGAGCUGUAUCAGGACUGUCCAGACUGGAGCAGCUCUACUUUUCGUUCUUUUGUUUCUCCUCACGAAAGGGACGUGGCCACCUUUCUGUGUCAUUGCAGGAUGACCGCACUCAAAGGGCCUCUGUGUGACUCUCACUUCUGCACAUUUGAGGAGACUCCAGGGUGUUGUUCGAGGCCGCCCGCACACUAAGCCUUCGUUUCGUAAGGUCAAAUAGGAAGCAGUCGCUCUCUGUGUGAGAAAAGUCGCAUUGUCCCUACAGACUUGCCGUACGAUAUAGAUGUCACGUCAAAGCUCUUGAAUGUUUUUGUGUCCGGGAUGAAGGCUGCUGCAUGAUUUUGAUUUAACCUUUGAUAAUGGCUGCUGAUAUUUAGGUGCCUGUUGGGACUUGUGUAUUUAGUUCUGGAUUGUCAGCCCAUUUUGUGAAUAUUAUUCAGAUUUACUCCGGAGUUGCUUCAGAGUACUUCAUCUGAGAUCCUUAAGUGCUUAUUAUAAAUGAGAAAAAACAAAAACAAACAAAAAAAAUCAUUGUUUUAUGUGAUUGCUUCUGAAAAGGGUAAAAAAAAAAAAAAAAAGUGUUUUGUAUUUUGUAAGUAUUGUUAUGUUGUUUCAGUUUUAUGACAUCAAACUUGUAAUGGCUUUUUUGUUAAAGGUCAAGUGUUGUCCUUUAAAAGUAAAGUAAAUUGAUUAUGGCUGUCACAGACUGAUUCGUGGAAAGAUUAUGUAGUGAAAUGCAAGAUUUUGGUCCUCUUUGGUUGAAAUGUCGACGAGAUCAAGAUUAACUUGAGUUUCCGUGUGUUAGAUUCAAAUAGAUCCACCUUCUAUAUGAAUAUGUGUAACAACACUUGACCUAACGUUUUGAUAUUUCUAUAUUAAUACAUUGUUUAUUGAAAGCAUCUCUGUGAGAUGACAUACCCGCGAUAAAUACUGUUUUCAUAUUGAAAAGAACUGAACUGUGUAUAGUAAAGAAGUGCAUGUUGAUUGUUUAAUGUGUGUACAUUUUGUAAAGGAAAUUUAAUAAAACAACUUAUUGGAGAUUUACCUCCAUAA